AUGCCUCCUGCUGUUGAUCACCCUUCGCUUCACUUGCGACUGCUGCCCCAAACAUUCUAUGUGAUCCAGCAAAACACUAAAGAUCCUAUCUCUGAAUCCUUACUCGCAUUAUUGACCGGAAGCAAAUCCGGAAGCAAAUUCUUGUCCAUCACUCGUACCGAUGAGGAAAUCUCUAUUAUAGGACAGUGCGAAGAUACUGAAGAAUACAAGGGUGACUGGAAAUGUAUCAAGAUAGCAGGACCUAUGGACCUCGGUCUGACUGGAAUAAUGUGCGACUUCACCACACCGCUCAAGAAAGCAGAGAUACCUAUUUUUGCGAUGUCGACAUGGAACACGGACUACGUCUUGAUCCCGAAGGCGAAGGCAGAUUCUGCCGUGCAAGUGUUGCAGGAAGAUGGGUGGAAGUUUACAAGUGAUUGAAGGCGGUUAUCGUGGCGUCCAUCAGAUUACUGUGCGAUGUGGCACCCUGCCUGUUUGAAAACCUCUUACAUCGUCCUGCGACUCUCUUCUUGGUAAGAGGUUAGUUCGACACAGUGUCGUUGGACUGCCACGGACUCGGACCAUCUCAC